AGAGUAAUUUUCUGUAAUACGUUUUGUCUCGAAAUCGUUUCCAAAUUAUAAAUAAACUGAGAAGGCCGCAAAACAGGACACAAUGGAGGCCGUGCCGCGUCUGCACAUGUUAUGGUUUGCCCUCAAGUCCAGUCCCGAGGGAACAUCCUUCGCCCCGUUGAAAAAGUACAUUGCGGAAUUCUAUCAUGAAGAUGCCGAGGCAUAUUCCAAGGAGGUGCACGCACUGGAAACGCUGCGCAACCAGGCAAUGCGCACCACCAAAGAUGGUGCGGCGAUAAUGAAACGGUAUUAUUGCCAGCUGCACGCAAUGCAGAAUCGCUUCCCGCAGCUGGCGGAUCGCAGCAUAUUCACAUUCACCUGGAAGGAUCUGUAUCACAGCGCCGUCCACGAAUGGAACGACAUUCGCUUCGAGCGUGCCGCUGUCCUCUUCAACAUUGCCGCCUCGCACACCCAAUCGGGUGCGUCGGUGACACGCGGCGAUGUUGAUGGCAUGAAAAUGGCCUGCACACAUUUCCAGGCUGCCGCUUGGGCCUAUAACGAGCUGAGGGAACGCUACGCGAACGUGGGCAGCGGCGGUGAUUUUAUGACCAACGAAUUGUUGGUCUUCCAGCAGCAGGUGUGUUUGGCGCAGGCACAAGAAUGUAUAUUGGAAAAAUCGCUAAUUGACAACCGGAAGCCGCACAUUGUUGCCAAGGUGACGGCCCAAAUUGUUGUCUAUUAUGGCGCUGCACUUGCCGCACUGCUCACCGGUGGCGAUGAUGGGCCCGUCGCGCAGGUCAUCGAUAGCUCCGUCUACAAGCUGUGGAAGAAAUACGUCAAGUUCAAGAUUAACUACCUAAACUGCAUAUUGUACCUGUAUCAGGGACAGCACGCCGAGGAGCAGCGCAAAAUGGGCGAACGUCUGACGCUGUAUCAGGCGGCCUGGGACAAGUUGGAGGAGGCGCGCAAAGAGUCGAAGGGUCUGCCCGAUCAAAAGGAGAUCAACGAGUCGCUCAGCUUCACCGCCGAUGUCGUCGAGGGAAAACGGAAGAAUGCCAAAAACGAGAACGAGUUCAUCUACCACGAAGCGGUCCCCGAGUUGACAACAAUCGCUGCCGUUCAAGGUGCCAAUUUGGUGAAUGGCAUCGGUUUCGCUGUUACCGAUGAAGAAUAUGCUGGCGCUGAUAUCUUUGCACGUCUCGUGCCAAUGAAGGCGCACGAGGCCAGCUCGAUGUAUAGCGAGGAGAAGGCGAAGUUGUUGCGCAAAUAUGGGGCACUGCUCGAGGAGAAGGACACACAGCUGGAGGGCUAUAUGAGUUCGCUGACCCUCGACAAUCUGAACAUCAACGAGGAGCAGGCCAACAAGUUGCCACAGGGCAUUGUCGAUCGCUGUGCGGCGCUGCAUGCGAACAAGAGCGCCAUCAGCGAUCUCAUCGAGGCCAUGUCCCAGCUGGCCGAAAUCACAGCCGAUGUCGAAACCAAUCUCGCUGAGCUCACCCACAUGCUUGAGGCGGAGGCGCAGGCGGAGCGUGAAUUUCAAACGGCGAGCGGCGUACAGCGCACACCAAAUGCCCACAUCACGGAGCUGACACGCGAAUUCCAGAAGUACAGUGAAGCCCAUGCGAGGGCUGGAGAAUCCAAUAAUACACUGCGCAAAGCGAUGAGUUUGCAUGUGAAUAAUUUGAAGAUAUUGGCUCGUCCUCUCCAGGAAAUCCAGCAACUGAUGCCCAAGCUUAGCUCCGAGCUGAACACGACCGAGAUUUUCAAGGAUGUCAAACUGAUUGUGAACAAGGUGAACGAGAUGAAGGCGCAACGUGCCCAAUUCCAUGCCGAUUUGCGCAUUGCGAUCAAUGAGGAUGACAUCACCAGCAAGGUCAUUGCCCAUGGCGGCCAGGAGGGACUACAGGCGCUCUUCGCCACGGAGCUGGCCAAGCACGAGCGACUCACCCAGUUGCUCGAUCAGAAUCUGCUCGCCCAACAGAAUAUCCUGCAAGCGCUGACCGAGGCAUAUGCACGUGCAGCGCCCGUGUUGAAAACGCUGCAGGAUGUGAAGCAAAAGCGUGAACAUUUCUACAGCUCACUGGCCGCCUCGUAUGAUGUGUACGAGGAUCUGUUGGCCAAGUCGGCCAAGGGCUUGGAGUUCUACAAGAAGCUGGCGGGCAAUGUGCAGAAACUUUUGACCCGCUUCAAGUCUGCACGCGAUGUGCAAUCCGAGGAGCGGCAGCAGCGUCUACAGAGCGUCAAGGCAACACCAGCUCCAACGCCAGCACCAGCUGCAAUCUCUCUCAGCAAACCGGAUACAAUCGCCACCAGCUCAACGCCCAAGUUGCGUGAUUAUCUCAAGGCGAAGAGUGGUGGCAUUGCGCCCAUUUCCACGCUAGAUGCACGCCCCGUGCCCGUCGGCUCGGAGAAUCCCGCGCAGGCCACUUGCUCGGCAUAUGCGAGCGCACCGCCUCCGAAUGAGCCACCGCCGCCAUACAGCCUGCAGCAGCAGCAAUAUUAUGAUCCCAAUGCAGCCGGCUACACGAAUCCGAUGUACCAGCAGCAACAGCAGCACAUUGCUCCGCCCGCCUACAAGGCGCAGGCCUCGCCCAACUCCCAAACGCUGCACGGCGCCAUGGCGCAGCUGAACUUGCAACAACAGCACCAGCACCAGCAGCAGCCUCCUCCAGCAGUAGCAGAAAGUGGUCAGCAACAGGCGCAGCUGGGCUAUGGCGGCUACAACUAUCAUCCCGUGGCGUAUGCAGCGCCAGCUGUUUCUCCUGUUCCUCGACAACAGAACAACAACAGCUACAACUAUCAGCAGCCACUCUAUGUGGCAACCACAUCGACGCAGCCAGCAGAGCCACUCAGCUAUGCACAGCAACAGCAGUCGGCACAGAUUGCCCAGCAGCAGCAGCAGCAACAGCCUUUAGCCUAUCAACAGGCAAGUGCGGCACAGUCCUAUCCACAGGCUAUGUACCAACAGACGGCAUAUGGACAACAGCCACACACCUUGCCCCAACCACAAGCAGCCAGUUAUCCUCAAGUCCAGACGACGCAACAGCAACAGCCAUCCACAGUUUAUCCCCAGGCGCAGACGCCGCAGCAACAGCAACAAUCCACAAUUUAUCCUCAACAGCAGCAGCAGCAGCAGGCUGCCAUUUAUGGCCAGCAGCAGCACCAGCAACAGCAGAAUUCAAUGUUGCCUCCGCAAAUUUCUCCAUACGCUCAGCAACAAAUAGCGACGCCACAGCCAGCUUUAUAUGCAACACAACAACAACAACACGCUCCGGCUGCGGCAGCCACGCCUUCGCUGCCUCAGCCAGCUGCAGCCAGUGCUGAGUCGAACUAUUUGAGCUACUCCAACCAUCCCGGCUACAGUUUCAAUCCACAAACGGGUGUCUAUGAAUACAGCAGCGGCUAUCAGCAUGCCAGCAAUCACAUUCCGCGAGUUUCGCAAGGCCAAUUUGGCCAAUUCACGCUGAGCGGCCAGCAGAACGGUCAGGCGGCAGUUGUGGGCACCACAGACUCGGAGCUGGCCAAUCGCAGCAGUCUGGCCACCGGCUUUGAUUCACCGAUCGUGUCGCAUACGAAGGCGGCAACAAGUGGCCCAGAUGCUGAGCCCAAUGCUCAGGUUGCGCCCAAUGCGGAGGUGGGCGUGGGUAACUAUUAUACACCACCUUAUGGUUAUCACUCGACUGGAGAGACGCCCUCACAACAAACACAACAACAACAACAACAGCAGCAGCAGCAACAACAACAACAACAGCAAAUACCACAGCAACCGAAACUGGAGCAACAACAACAACAACGGGCUAAUCAAAAACCACCAAUUUAUAUGCAAAGCGGUGGCAGCAGCAUUGCCAACACCAUAACAACAACGAGCAGUGCACCGUAUGCCUCCUCGCCGCUGCAGCAGCAAACGGAAACCAAGCCCCUCAAGUCGGAUUGCAGCAAUGUGGAUUUGCUUAGUGAUUUGGAUAUGGAUUGUUGUACGGGCGUCGUGCUCAAGCCAUUGCUGCAACCAGAGAUUGUGGCGACACCAACGCCGCCGCCGCCGGCGUCGUCGUCAGCAGUCAGCGAGAGAGCAGCAACCGAUGUGGUUGCAAGUAGCGAUCCAAUUGCUGCUGCUACUGCUGCUGCCGAUGCUGGAGCUGCUGCUGCAGCUGCAGCUGCUGCUGAUAGUGUGGCAGCACCUAUGGUUUCACCAACACCCGCAGUUGUUUCAUUGCGUAAGAAUAGCCUCGAUAAUCUCUCCAAUUGCUCAGAUUUGAGCUCACUGGAGAAUUUUGACUGGGACUCGGUUUCACUGACACAUUCCGCCAGCGACAAGCAACCGGCAAUUACCAACAAUGGCCAUCCACUGAUCACAUUCCAAAUGCACGCUCACGAUCCGUUCAACGAUGACAAGGUGCUCAAAUAUUUCCACAAGGAGGUGGAGAGCUAUGAGAAGCUGGUCGAGAAUCUGCACGUCAAAAUGUUGAACGGCAACACGCAACUGGGCAGCAAAUGGCUACAGCUGCAGCAGAAACUCGAAAAGGACACCAGCGUUAAGCGGACAACGACCAUAGCAAAGCUGUUUCCCGAGAAGAAUCGCUCCCUCGAUUGUCUGCCCUACGAUCAUGCUCGCGUCAAGCUGGACAAGCAGACGGAUGACUAUAUCAAUGCCGCUUACAUGAAGAACCUCAGCGCUGGCUGUCCAAACUUUAUCGUAUCACAAACGCCGCAAGCGAAUACAACCAACGAUUUCUGGUCGAUGAUUUGGUCGGAAAAGUCUCGCACUGUGGUCUGUCUGCACACCACCAAUGAACUUUUUGAUCCUUAUUGGCCGCAGGUUCUGAAUCAGCCGACCCACUACGAUGACUACACAGUUAACUGUGUGAAGCAGCAACAGCUCAGCCACUGCACGGAAUAUCAACUGAAAUUAUCGAUGCAUGGUGCCGAUGCUGUUCUGGAUCUAUCCCUGCUGCAGCUCAAGCAAUGGACCAAAGCUUUACCCACUCAAUUACUGGGCAUUGCGCAGAAUGCGCUGCAAACCCAUCAGCAACGCUGCCUGGAGGCCAAUACACCCACGUCGCCGCUAAUUUUGAACUGUCUGACGGGAUCCGAGCGAUCCGAACUGUUGGCCAUUGGCAUCUGUGCAUUGAUGGGCACACAAGCCAAGCGGCCAAUUUUAAUAAAUGUUGUCGAUGUUUGGUCACGCAUUUGCAAGCAGCGACAAAAUUCGCUGCGUGAUGCCGCAAUCCUGGAGCAGUCCAUGCAAAUUGUUUUGAGUCAUGCACACGAUGUGCUCAACAAACGUGGCAUCAUAACAUCAUAUCAGAUGAAAAUGGCACCGCAGGUAACGGCCAAGGAGCAACAGGAGAGCAAGGAUCCAUUAAACGAGCUUGAUGCGCUUUGGAAAAUGAAAUAAAUGACUGAACGCUUGCAUCGAUAAAUGGCUUAAUAUACACACACACACACUGAUAACAGCAAAAUUUAUAAUAUUUAU